AUGGAGGAGAACGUCCCAGGAUUCUUGCGCACAAAUCAAACUGCUUCCGUGUUCCACUGGGGCGAGCACGAGGGAAAAUUAAGGAGCGUCUGCGGGACAUGUAGGUUCUGGGCCCUAUCGGCGAAUUCCUGGCAUAAGCCAUCAUCGACUUGA